CUGUUCAUCUUUGACGGCCUGGAUGAAAGCAGACUUUCACUGGAUUUCAACAACAAAGAGCUCGUGUCUGAUGUCACACAGGAGUCAUCAGUCAGCGUGCUGUUGACAAGCCUCAUCAAGGGGAAUCUGCUUCCCUCGGCUCUCAUCUGGAUAACUUCCAGACCUGCAGCAGCCAAUCAGAUCCCUCCUUCAUGUGUUGACAGGGUAACAGAAGUACGAGGCUUCACUGACGCUCAGAAGGAGGAGUACUUCAGGAGGAGAGUCAGUGAUGAAGAUCUGUCCAGCAGAAUCAUCUCACACAUCAAGACCUCCAGGAGCCUCCACAUCAUGUGUCUGAUCCCAGUCUUCUGCUGGAUCACUGCUACAGUUCUGGACCACAUGUUGACCACAGACCAGAGAGGAGAGCUGCCCAAGACCCUGACUGACCUGUACUCACACUUCCUGCUGGUUCAGACAAAGAGGAAGAAGAAGAAGUACGAUGAAGGACAUGAGACGAGUCCACAGGAGCUGACGGAGGCUGACAGGGAAGUUCUUCUGAAGCUGGGGAGGCUGGCGUUUGAACAGCUGGAGAAAGGAAACAUCGUGUUCUACCAAGAAGACCUGGAGCAGUGUGGUCUGGAUGCCACAGAGGCCUUGGUGUACUCAGGAGUUUGUACAGAGAUCUUCAAAAGAGAGAGUGUGAUCUUCCAGAAAACAGUCUACAGCUUUGUUCAUCUGAGCGUUCAGGAGUUUCUGGCUGCAGUCUACCUGUUCAACUGUUACACCAACAAGAAGACAAAGGUCCUGGGGGACUUUGUGGGAAAAGACUACAGGAAGUCUUUCCUAGAGAAGGUCUCAAUUUUUUUUCGAAACACUGAUAGCCAUCACCCAUCUCUGGAUGUGUUCCUGAAGAAAGUCAUGGAGAAAUCCCUUGAAAGUAAAAAUGGUCACCUGGACCUGUUUGUUCGCUUCCUUCAUGGCCUCUCUCUGGAGUCCAACCAGAGACUGUUAGGAGGCCUGCUGGGUCAGACAGACAACAGUCCAGAAAUCAUCCAGAGAGUCAUCAACAACCUGAAGGAGAUGAACAGUGAUAAAAUCUCUCCUGACAGAAGCAUCAACAUCUUCCACUGUCUGAUGGAGAUGAACGAUCACUCAGUCCAUCAGGAGAUCCAAGAGUUCCUGAAGUCAGAGAACAGAUCAGAGAAGAAACUCUCUGAGAUCCACUGCUCAGCUCUGGCCUACAUGCUGCAGAUGUCAGAGGAGGUUCUGGAUGAGAUGAACCUGAGGGAGUUCAACACAUCAGACCAAGGACGACUGAGACUGAUUCCAGCUGUGAGGAACUGCAGAAAGGCUGUGCUUUCUGUCGAUUCAAACUCGGCAGCUUACGUUGAGGUUGUGUCCUCAGCUCUGAUGUCUAACUCUUCUCUGAGAGAGCUGGACCUGCAUAUUCACAACCUGAAGGAUUCUGGGGUGAAGAUUGUGUGUGCUGGACUGGAGAGUUCACACUGUAGACUGGAGACUCUGAGAUUGAGGCGCUGCAGUUUGUCAGAGAUCAGCUGUGCUUCUCUGGCCUCAGCUCUUAAGUCCAACCCCUCCCAUCUGAAAGAGCUGGAGAUGAAUGGAAACAACCUGCAGGAUUCAGGAGUGAAGCUGCUGUGUGAUUUUCUGAAGAGUCCGCACUGCAGACUGGAGUCUCUAAGAUUGAGUGACUGCAGUUUGUCAGAGAUC